AUGGCUCAGAGCAAGCGUCCUGCCAACCUGGCACCCCUCUCCAAGGAGGCCUUUGGUGCCAACGUGCAGCCUGGUGCAGCCACGCCGAAAUCCAAGGGGCACAGCAUCACUCGACCCACGCAGCUCUCGCUGGUCAUCGGAGGUAGCGGCGAUGCCAAGGAUGUGGAUGUGGUCACGCAAAAGUACAAUUCUCAAGGAUUCGGCAUUCCACGCAGCGAAGCAGGCUCCGCUAUCAAGCUGGACAGAAUCAUCUACGAGCGCAAGGCGCACGAGGGCGUGGAGGAUACGGCGCAUAUCAAGGUCACUCUUGGGGCGACGAAUCAGGUGCCACUAGGUCUCAUCACACCCUUGCACGAGAUUCCCAAAGUCGGAGCUCCACCCGCGCUGCCAAAGGAUGCCAACCCGGUGCACAUGCUGCUCAGCUACAGCCUGCCCUCCUUCACCACCGCCAAGGCGCUGAAGGACAACUUUGAGGAUUGGCUCAAGCUGUUCGCAGAGGGAAGCAAACAGAAUCUCACAUUCGACAUUGCUCUUCCUUUGGCUUCCUCUGCUGCCAAUCAGAAAGAGGCGGACGACCUCAGAGAAGCGGUAGAGGAGCUGCUGAGCAAAGCUUGGGACGAGGAAGUUCAAAGGGGCAAGGCGGACGGCAAGUCGCAAGAAGACAUUGCCAGCAAUGGUCUCAAGAUUGUCGUUGGUGAGUCAUCGACCCGCGAUGGAGCCAAGAAAAGGCGAUUGUAUGCGCACCUCCCUUCCCCCCCGGCUUGGGUUUUUGCGACGUUACACGAACGCUUCCGAGCAAUGAGCUGACAAUGUUGCUCCUCUCGCGUCCAUGCAGAUGGAUGGGGUGCACCACCUCUGAAUGACGACAGUUCUCAGAUGCUGUCCAGCGAAGUGGUCAAUGAGUGGACUGGCUUUGUGCGCGUGAGUGGUGCUUGCUGCUCGUUGAGGGGGCGAGCGCUGCUCGACGAAUGAUCACAAUUGACGCAUCUUGCUCUGAAUGAACCACUCUCCACAGCGCCUUGCGCUGCAUCCGCGCGUCUUUUUGAAAUUGUCGCCCCUCAAGUUGCCCUCUCCCAUCACUUCUGGCAGCACUGCGAGUCGCGCAGUCGACAUUGCUGCGCCCCUAUCGGGCGCUGUUGGAGGAGCGACAAUCGCUUCGACGGCUCAGGCUGCGCUGGACGGAGCAGCCGCUGCAGUGAGGACUGCCACAGAGGUAGCAGCUGGAGCGGCCUCUGCGGCGGGUCUAGCGGGCACCAAGGCUGUUGCCAACAAUACGCCUCAGGGUCGCAGGGAUGAGCUUCGAGCCAGGUUGCGCGUGCUCUUGGAUGCUGCGCUGGAAGCUUUUGGGGAAGAGAGGCUGGUUUGGUCCGCUCACAUCAACAAGACUUCCUUGACGGCCGGCACAGAUCUGGCUUCCCAAAUCGCUGGCGAAGACGAAGAGUAUGCCAAGCUGUCUCCGCCUGAAAAGUGGUUCGAAGUGACGCGCGAAGCUCUUGCUGAUAUGGGUCUCACUGAACAGAGCUUGAACAACAUCUUCAACACGUGAGUUGCGUGUGAUUCCUUCGUCCGCACUGCUUGCGCACCGAGGGCUGAUCUGACAGCACUUGACAUUUCCCCCUUGACCUCAUCUCAUCCCAUCUCAGCAACGCUUCGACCGCUUACCACCUCUGA